AUGGCGAUCGCCCUUCCCACCAUGAAGGUCAUCGUGGCCGUGUUUCUCAGCAUAGCAUUGUACAACUUUCUCGAGCUUAAUGUCUACAUUCUCACCUUGUUCAAACGGCGCAGCGGGCUGUAUUUCUGGAGUUUCACGGUUGCCACAUAUGGAGUCCUUUUCAACUCGAUCGGAUACAUGCUUAUGCAUUUGGUCAACAUCAAGACGAAGAACGUAUACGCUACAUUAAUCCUCAUAGGAUGGUGUUGUAUGAUCACCGGCCAGUCAGUGGUGUUGUAUUCGCGGCUACACAUUGUUAUGCACAACCUCCGAUGGCUCAAGUAUGUCCUGACCAUGAUUAUCGUCAACGCAAUCUGGCUACACAUUCCUGUUAUCAUAAUCGUCUAUGGUACAAACUCAGCCAACCCGAAGCCCUGGAUACCGGUGUAUAACGUAUACGAACGAAUCCAACUCAGUGUCUUCAUCGCUCAAGAACUCGUCAUUUCAGGCCUCUACCUCUUCGAAACCACCAAACUCCUCCGCCUGGAGCGUACGAUUGGAAACGUCGGUACCCGGAAGCUUUUGUACCAUCUCAUAUCGGUCAAUACUCUUGUCAUCCUCCUCGACUUCAGUAUUCUCGCCCUGGAAUUCGCCAGCCUUUUUGAGAUCCAAACGUCCUGGAAGCCACUUGUAUACAGCAUCAAGCUCAAACUCGAAUUCAGCAUUCUCACUCGCCUCGUCAAUUUGACGCGAAAGGCCAGGAGCGGAAACGGAGCCAGCUCCUACGGCAACAACGCAUAUGCAAACCGCGAGCCGGAGGCUGGAAGCGUGCCAUUGGGAACGAUGAGGGCAAAGAGCAACAUCCAACGGUCAAUGGUAGGAAAGGACGAAACGGACACCUGGGAGGUCCACGUUAGCACUGGCAAGGGCAAUAACAAGACUAUGCCAGCGCAGGUGGUCAAGACGACAGAAUUCACAGUGCAUAGUCACAGCAGACAAGCGAGCACAGAAAGUCUGGUGGAGAGCGGGAAGAAGGCAUUUAUUCACACGACUUCAACAGAGUCGCACGAGAUUGAGAGGGAUAGCGCGUCGUCUGUCUUGUCAGAUCCGCAUUACAGGAGGCAAAAUGAAGGUCAGCAAUGGUAA